AUGGAUCCCCCUCACGUCACAGAGUUCGCCUCUCAGCGAUACUUUGAGAAACUAAAGCAGUUAUACGAUGUGAAAGACCAGCCUCAAGCGGCUCAGUCUCAUGAUGGUUCACUUGUCGCCCAGCCCUCGACCUUUAUUCUUCCCAUUGGGAGACAUCCAGAACACCAAAGCGAUGCCGCCUUGAAAACCAUAGAGAAAAAGCGAGGAAAUUUCAGCUUUCGGUCCAUACUUCCAACUCGGGGCUCUAGCGAUCAGGACGCACGAAGGUCAUCGACUGACGCUGGCAAGAAGAAGAGUCUGCCUUUUGACCAGCUCUUCUUAGCUCUCCCCAAUGAAUUAAAGAUCCAGAUCAUUGCCUCGUUACCCUUAUCUGACGUACUGACCCUGCGUUUGGCUUCGCGGUCGUGGCAUGCCAUGGUAUCUCUGAAUGAGCUGCCCAUCGCUCGCUAUCAUCUUCAGCAUCACGUUCCCGCUUACGCCGUCCGGCUCUAUCCCACACCAGAGCUGUCCUCGAUCAACUUCCAUUACUUAUGUGGAAUCUGGCAUCGACUGCAUGUAGCUGCCAAAUUGGCGUAUCUGAUCUGCGAGUGGAUCACCAAGGGGAUUUUCCUAAGGGUUACGGAGCAACAACGGCUGGAAUUCGCACCUCAACGGGAGCGAAUGCGCCGCCGUCUAAUACCACUUUUAUUUACAGUUUUCCAUUUCUUCGAGACAUACAGGAACCUCCACAUCCAGUACAUUGAGGAGCACGGUCACGGUCUGCUCAAAGAGCCAUAUACUGUUAACCCCAUCGAGACGAAGAUCAUGAACAUGUACGACGAUCAGACUCUCCUGCAAGUCCAUCAGGUCUUUCCCCUGGUGAUAUCCUCGUUCUGUCGACGAUUGCGGCCGCCCUCCUAUGUGGGUCGAGUGGAACGGUCGCUUCGAGGUUAUUUGAAAGACAAGCCAGCGGAUGACGUGUAUGCGACGGCUCUCUGCGUGGGUGGACUGCGGCAGGUUGAGAGGUUCUGGGAGAUCAAGGGGUACAACACACGAAGAGGUGCCGUUGAUAAUUGGUACCACUCCGUCACGAAGGAACCUAUGGAAUCUAUGACGAAGCCACGUCGAGGCCUACUCGGGCUUACAAGGAAAAAGUCGAGUUUCAACAUGAAAGAUACAAAAGAUGGCGCACACACCGAACCGUUACCGCCUCUGCCGACCAACCGAAGCAGGCUUGGUCUGGUAUUCGGUACCAGUCUUUCUGCCGGCAUGCCGAUGGGCCCACUUUCUCGAGAGCACCUCCGGCUAAUAAUACCCGAUCUGCCCCCCUUGCAACAAAUAUGGCUACCCACGGCAGAAGCUCUUAUUCUGGACAGGAAUAUUGUUCAACGGCCACAAGACAUCAAGCGCAACGCACAAGUGAUGUUGGAGCUGAUUCGAGAGGAUGGCACGGCCGAGGAGGACGAAUGGUGGUACGGUCGGGGCGCACCCGAAUCGGUACGGCCGCCACUGGAAGCUAUCGAAGAGGACACCAUCGAAUAG